AUGAGUGGUGAAAAUCAGUCAGACGUGGGCGUAAGGCUACUGGUGGAACCUAGCGACGCGGUAGCUGGCGCGGGGCAGCGCGUGGUCCUGGGAUGCGCCGCCGCCGCGCCCGCGCGUCUCAGCUGGCGACACUCCAGCGCCGCGCCGCCCACGCGCGACCACACGCUCACCACUACCGACUCCUACAGGAAGCAACUGUCAAACGGUUCCCUGGUUAUCGAGAGCAUGUCGUCCGCGCUGGCCGGUCAGUACCAGUGCGUGGCGACUCGCGACGGUGUCGGCACCAUUGUCUCCAGGAUAGCCACUGUUUUCUUAGCAGAGUUGCCAGAAGUGGUAGAGACGCUGCGAACAGUGUCGGGUGCUGCGGGGUCGGGCGCGCUGCUGCCGUGCGCGCUGCGGGUGCCGGCCCGGCUGGCGGUGCGCGUGUCGCCAGCCACGCCGCCGCCCGACCGCCGCGUCUACGGCAGCAAUGCGCGCGCGCACGCUCAGCCGCCCACACUCAAACUCAACGUGACAUGGUUGAAGAACGGUUCGCCGGUACGCAUGGAGUCAGCGCGGGUGUCGCUGAUGCCGAGCGGUGCGCUCGAGCUGGAUCCCCUGCGGCCGCACGACGCCGCGCGCUAUCGCUGCCGGGUUGCGCUCGCGCACGCACCUACGCCGCACGUCACGGGUCCAGAGAUUGACCUUCGUGUGAGCCCGGAGCUGGCGAAUGUGGAGACUCCGCCGCGGUUCAUCGCCGUGCCGCAGCCCGUCACAGUCAUUGAAGGUGCGUCGGUGACAUUCGAUUGUGCAGCAGUGGGUUACCCCAAGCCUGAGAUGAUCUGGCUUAACAACGGAGUCGCUAUAGACCUCAAUGACUUAGACUCCCGCUUCUACCUGGUGGGGUCAGGGUCUCUGCGUGUGCAGAGUGCGCGUGCGCUGGACGCGGGCGUGUACACUUGUCGCGCACACAACCGCAUUGACUCCGCCGACCACUCCACACAGCUGCAAGUUCUGACCGCACCGCGUGUGAGUUUGCCGGGCGGUGCUGUGGCGCGCGCUGCGCCGCGGGGCGAGCUGACACUGCGCUGUGAGGUGCGGGGCAGGCCUGCGCCCACAGUCUCCUGGCUGAAGGACGGGGAGCCCCUCACACCUAACAAUAGGGACAUCGCUCUACUAGACGGCACAUCGCUACGUAUCCAGGGCGUGCUGUCAGUGGACGCGGGCAUGUUCCAGUGCGCGGCCAGCUCGCCCGCCGGCAGCGCGCUCGCCGCACUCCGCCUCAUCGUCACCUCCUCUGCUGAUGAUACAAUAUCCCGAUCCCAAAAUUCCCAGACUAAAAAGACCUUUUCCAAUACCACCCACGACAUUUUCAACACCUUAAUAUCGGGCGGUUCGAAUUCGAACCUUGACCCAACGUCCGAAGAUCUAGAUUACAUCGGCGAGACUUCAUCAGCGUACACUUCGGGUCCGGACGUCGACUACGAUUCCUAUGACUCUGACGGUGACAAUUCCUUUCACGCUGCCGAAGGCCUGGAUCUAGACGAGCUGGGCCAGGGGAACGCGACUAUCGUCUCUGCGCCUAAGGACUUAAAGGCGGUUAUCGUGAAGCACAGAUUCGUGACCCUCAGCUGGGAAGAGCCGGAGCGAAAGGUUGAAGACAUAACGGGGUACGCCGUCGUCUACAAAGUUAAAGGCAGCGAAAGAGAGCGCGUUGCCCGGGGCAACCCUCAGCGGCACGAGAUGAACGUCGCUUCCCUGCAGCCCAACACCACCUACCAGUUCUCUGUCAUCGCCUUCACACACCACGCCCACUCCCCACCCACACAGAUAAUAGAAGCUACAACCGCAGAAGAGGAGCUGACGUACGGACCACCGCAGGAUGUGCGAGUGGAGGCGCUGGGCCCGCACGCAGCGCGCGUCUGGUGGACCCCGCCCCCACCCGCACAGGCUCCGCCCCCCACCAGAUACGCCGUCUACUACACUGAUGAGGAGACAGGUCGUGAACAGGUGCAAUGGGCGGAGGGCACAUCGGCGACCCUGAGCGGGUUGCGUGCUGCGGCCGCGUACCGCGUGCGUGUCGCCGCCGCCGGGGGAGCGCCCGCACCGGAGCUGCGCGCCCGCACGCCACAGGACGCGCCCGCAGCGCCCCCUGCCAACGUCAGCGCAGUACCCAGCGGAGCUACGUCGAUCUUAGUCCGGUGGGAAGCGCCGCCGCCGCGCACUCACCGCGGCCCCCUGACCGGGUACAAGGUGCGGUACCGCGCGGGCCCGCCCUCCGCACGCCGCAGGGCGGAGUCCCUCACCACGCCCGCUGACGCACGCCGAGCUGAGCUGAGAGAUCUCGAAACUGGCACCACGUAUCAGGUGCGGGUGUGUGCGAUCAACGCGAACGGUUCGGGUCCGUUCAGUGAAUGGGUGAGCGCGACGACACAGGCCCGCGAGCGAGGCGAGGCCAGAGUGCCCGCACCUCCUCCCAAACUCACCACGCGUGCGGGACGCGACUGGAUCUCGGUGUGGUGGGGCGGCCAGGGGGAGGGCGAGGGGGAGGGCGAGGGCGAGGGGGAGACGGGCGGGGCGGUGGUGCGCGGCUACUGGCUGGGCUGGGGGCUGGGCGUGCCCGACGAGCGCUCGCACGAGCUGCCCGCCCACCUGCGCUCCUACGUCAUACGCAACCUCGAGUCGAAUUCUGAAUACGUGAUAUCGUUGCGGGCGAGCAACGCACUGGGCCUGGGGCCCGCGGUGUACGCGACCGUGCGCACGCGACCAGCGCUCUCGCCCGACGACGAGCCGGACGACGCCGACGACCCGGACGAUCCGGAUGACCCGGACGACCCCGACGAUCCGGACGACGACCAACCGCCGCUCAUACCUCCAGUCGGAUUGAAGGUGAUCAUGUUAAGCGGAACUACAGCUGUAGUGUACUGGACAGAUCCCACACUUCCUAAAGGACAAACGGCGACGGACGGUCGUCGCUACGUAGUGCGGUGGUCGACGAGCGGCGGCCGCGCGCGCACAUACAACGCUAGCGACCUCAACUGUAUGCUAGACGACCUGCGACCUUACACUACGUAUGAAUUCGCCGUCAAACUUAUCAAAGGAGGCCGUGAGUCUGCCUGGUCGAUGUUGGUGAGCAAUACGACGUUGGAGGCAGCACCCGGGUCACCGCCGCGUGAGUUGCGCGUGUCACCCGCAGCGCCCCCCGCCCGCGCUGCAGACCUCGUGUGGGCGCCACCACUCAAACCCAAUGGAGCCCUCACUGGUUACGUAAUAAUGUACGCGAUCCAGCGAUCCGGGUCAGCGGGUGUCGCGGGCGCGCCCGAGGAGUGGACCGCUGUGGCGGUGCUCGGCGACCGCACGCGCUCUCGUGUGGACCGCCUGCGCCCGCGCACCACAUACAUCUUCAAACUGCAGGCACGGAACAGCAAAGGUCUUGGACCUUUCAGUGCACCCGUGGUCUAUACCACUGCCAUGGAGAGCGGCGAGGGCGGAGGGCUGGCGAGCGCGACGUCAGCGUGGCUGUGGGCGAGUGCGGGCGGCGCGUGCGCGGUGCUGGCGCUCGCUGCAGCACUCGCACUCUCGCUCUGCUGCCGCAGGAACAGCCCCCCACUCUCCCCGGACACCAGUACGUACCAGAAGGCGUCAGCAUCAGCAGCCAUCAAGCCGCCGGACCUUUGGAUCCAUCACGACCAGAUGGAGCUCAAGCACAUGGACAAGAGCCUGCACAGCUCCGCCAGUAAGAUAUCAGCGGGCAGUGUGGACGGUCCCAACGCUCUGGUGUCAUCAACUCUGACUUUGGGGCGAGCGCCCGCUGCAGAGUACGAGCCGGCGCGACACGCCCCGCCCCAUGGCCCGCCCCACGGCCCGCCCCAUGCCCCGCCCCCGGCCUCCCUCGACAGGAGACAUUACGUCCCCACAUAUGUCGUUUUUUAUUAUUUGAACCCAACGCUUCUGUUAAUAGAUUUUAUUUUGCUAUUCGUUUCCGUUGAGCCCACAUUUAGUUUGUUAUACGCACGACUAGAUGCGCGGCGGUCGCCAUCUUGCGGCGGCAGUGACGACACCGCCAUCUUGCGCGCGUCUCCCGCCUCCGCCACCAGCCGGCGCUGCGAGCGCUGCGACUUCAGAGCGAUGACGGGUGUGGGAGUGGGCGUGGGCGUGGGCUGUGCCGCGACCUGUGAGAGGCGGCGACACGGUCUGCCCGACCAGAGUACGCCGCUGCUGGCAGGCGUGGCGCCACUGGGCUCGCCGCAGUCGUCAUUGGCCUCACUGCAGCACCCCCACCCCUCACACCCCCCACCACCACCAUGUGGGUCGGGCACAUGUCCGCUGGGGGCGGCGUGCUCUGCGCCAGGGGGCGGGGCGGGCGGUGAUGUGUACGCGUGCGCGGCUCGCGAGCGCGGACAUUACGUCGCAUACGAGCCGCUCGGACACUACACACACCGUGACUCGCUGAGUAGCGAGGCGGGCACGUGUCCCCCGACUGCGGUGGGCGGGGCGAGCAUGUCUGGGGGCGGGGCCGGGCUGGCUGGGGGCGGGUCUCUGCAGCGACGCGCUGCUUGCUCCGCCCCCAUGCACAGCUUCACACUCUCAGCAGACGGCUCUGAUCAUUCCACGCCCUCGCAUUCUAAACCGGGGAGUGUGAGAGAAACAUCUCCAUACAAAAAGAGUGCCAGCUCAUCACCUGGUCACAUACCUAACAGAUUGCAGCUCGGUGGCGGAGUACCACACUGCUCCGAGGAGUUGGAGCCGCUGACACCGUCCAGGUCGACGGAGCGCCUGCACCGCGAGAUGCAGAACCUCGAGGGCCUCAUGAAGGACCUCUCCGCCAUCACACAGCAGCAGUUCCAUUGCUAGUGCUCAAGUGAUUAUGUCUUCACUAAAAUGAACUUUAAAUAUUAAAUACGAGUUAAAUAAACAAGCGAAAUUAUAGAACGAUAAACUUAUUUGACCCGGUGUAAGUUGAUAAAUAACAAUAGCACACUAGCGCCCCCCUCACAAUGUCAAAUGACAAAAUUCUUGACUUAUAAAUCUAUA